CGAUUCCUUCCCUCUUCACUUCCUCUUCCGCCUCUCCCCUCCCGGUGCUCAGCGCAUCCCUCAAGUCGGUGGAAGUUCUUUCAGUGCCGCGUUGUGUUGAGGAUGGCGCAUCUGUAUGUGGAUCUGGACCCUCACAAGACCGACUACUGGGACAAGAAGAGCGGUAAGAGGGGAUGGAUGAAGCAGCAAAGCGCCGAAAGCAAAGCCGCUGUGCUUCUGGUGUGCAUCGUCGCAGGUAUGUCUCGCGAGGAGUGGUUUGACCGCAUUCGCAAGUCGACGACCGUCUACGUUGGUGAGUGCUGGCCACACGCAGCCGUUCAUCAUCGUGCGUGGCAACUCGGUGGAUGUCAUCUUGGCGGUCGCCAGGCAACCUGUCGUUUUACACGACGGAGGAUCAGAUCUACGAGCUGUUUGGCAAGUGCGGUGAGGUGUUGCAGAUCGUCAUGGGACUCAACGCCAAGAAGAAAAUACCUUGCGGAUUCGCUUUCGUCAAGUGAGACUGAUAGACCGACCGACAGACGGACAGACAGACAGCAAACCUUUAACCGCUCCAUAGCACCCCAUAUCAUCGUGUUUCUCUCUGUUGGUGUGGUGGGUGUGUGGGUCAGGUUCCGCAUGAAGGCGGCGGCUGUUGCGGCCGCUCAGCUGCUCAACCAGUGCGAGCUCGACGGCAGACCCAUACGCGUCGACUGGGACACUGGAGAGGGUACACCUACAGAUACGACACGCACACACGCACACACAGACACACACACGUCCACCUCUCUUUCCGUGUCUGUGUGCGUUCAGGCAUCGAGGGCGACCGCAAGUAUGGUCGCGGUGAUCACGGCAUGCAGUGGCGCGAUGAGUUCCGAAGGGACUACGAUGCUGCGCGGGGCGGACAUGGCGGCGGACUCGACUACGACGAAGUCAAAGAGAGACUCAGAUAUGAGUCGAGAGGUGAGUCAGCAGCGGGCAGACGAAACACAAGCACAGUUUCACACCCUCAUUUCCGGCAUGUGUCGUUCUCCUUUCCUCGCAUGUCGUCAGGUCGUGGUGGCGGCUGGCGUGAUGGCCCUUCCCGUCCGAUCCUCGGCAAGCGCCACCGUGAGGAUGAAGGCCUCCUCCCCCCACCCUCAUUCGGCCCCCGACCACCUCCCUACUUCCCCCCGCACUUCGGCCCCCCUGGCGACUUCGGACCCCAUCGUGGCGGCAGAGAGGGAGGGAGGGGCAGGCGGCCUGCCUUCUCGGGCAGGGGGAGGGGGGCUGGUAGAUAGCUGACUAGCUGGGUGGGAGUGCCGUGUUUUGCUGGCGAAUUGUGUUUGUAUAUCGACAGAGUAUGGGUCUAUGCGUGUCCCUGUCGUUUCUGCGUCGGCGAAGGGUCCUGUGCUGUCGAUGGCUCCAGCACUGGGCCAUUGGCAGUUCGUGACCCUUGGCACCAACAGAUGCGACAGGGACACUUAUGACCAGCAUCAUUUCCUUCUCUUCAUGCUGUCUGCAUCUCUUCUUCUUUGACUACGACUGGAGCAGUGUCAUCAUCAGAAGUCUCGUGUGGCCCUGUGUCUCGUUGUUCUGUCGACGAGUAGCAGAGUCACGCGAGAAGGAGGACGAUGUCACUCCGUCAGUCAGCCAGCCAGUGCGGACCGAAGAAAGAACGAAUGAAUGAACGAAUGAGUUGUCGACGUGUGUGUACUGUAUGCGACUGUUAUGUACACACACGUGUAUACCAAAAUCCGUACAGACAAUCAAUGUGCGU